GUGGGAGGAAAAUAUAGAGAGAUUGGUGAAUGUGACAGGAGUUAACGCAGAGCACGAGAGUGAGACAUUUCGGUUUUUUUAUAGCAAGAAAAGUGACGCGUUUUACUCUGCGCGCGAGUCUAAAAUUCGCCGCCUGCUUGCCGCGCGGCCCCACCCCUGCUCCUCUUCUGCCCGACUCCCUCCGGAUAUUUUUAGCGCUGAUGAUGUGCCCUGUCAAAUCACGUAACGGAAACAGCCUCGGAGCUGAAAAGCAGAGCUGCCGCGUAGAGAAAGCGUUGGGUCCUUUUUUCUUUGUGAUCUGCAGAGAAAAAGCCGCGGAUGAGAUGAAAUUUGAAAAUACUUUUGUGUUUUGCGUCUUGGUAAUCCUUACCGGCUCAUCGCAGACGAGAGGUCAGAGCAGUGCUGCCAUGCCUCCUGAAACCUUGACUUCUCCUGACCCGACAGAGGAUCCAGAUCAUGAGGUCCCACAGUGGACACACAUUCCUGCAGGCCAGGAAGACGCCUCAACUCAAACCACCAUUACAAAAACAGAAGUCCAUUUAGAGACUGUAAAAAGUACAGCGUUUCAAACAUCAACUGCAGGCUAUACCUUGGCUACAUCUCAACACACAGAAGUACCUGUCUCCAUGACUGCUCACAAUGCCACUUCUUCGGCUCCAGAUCCUGCAGACAGCCUUUCAUCCACACCGACUGUGGAGAGCUCCACCCCUACACAGCACAUCUCCACCACUGAAGGCAGAGCCCUGCUGACCACAGAACCCCUCACCAACUUUUCAUCUCUGCCAGCCCACACGACGCAUGGUACCAGCUCCACAGCCCACACCUCCACCACACAGCAGCAGUCUGAGUCACUGACCACAUCCUCCACAAAGCCAACAACCACAGGGCUCCCUCUGACCUCAGCCCCGGGCCGGGCUCCUGCAGGGCCGACGCACCAGGAGGUUCCAUCUGAACUAAAUGUUGGAGAUGAAGACCACAAGAGCCCCCGCUCAAGCUCCCCUCUGGACCCUCUACUAGCUGGUCUGCUCUCAGUGUUUAUUGUCACCACUGCCAUCGUCUUCGUCGUCCUCUUCCUCAAGUUCCGCCAGCGAACAAACCACCCAGAGUUCCAUCGGCUGCAGGAUCUACCCAUGGAUGAUUUGAUGGAGGACACACCACUCUCCAGGUAUAGCUACUGAUCCAAUGAAUCCAUUCAGUCACUUCUACCACUCAGCGAGCAGACGAGAAGAAGAGACGCCAGAGGAGCCAGUGUUGGUCUAAGGAAAGCCUUUGCCUAAAUGCAACCAGGUUUUGAAUAUUUUUGGUCAGCGAUAGUAAUGUGCCUUUCUGGUUACAUGAAUCAUAACAUCUUUUAAAAAGAGAGGAUUCUGUUGUACGUUUUGCCACAUUCCCUUUAAAUUUCCACAGAUCUUCAGUCUGGUGGAAAGCAUGUUGUUUUCUUUCUUUCCAGAGGGCGGGUAAAUAGUACCUCUGCACCUCAGUCUGACUCCUCAUGUAUGCACAGCACUUUAAUGUGGCAUGAAUGGUCACAUCGCCCCCUGGGGGACUUCUUAGGUAGUGUGGAUCAAGGCAGCAUGAAGUCCUCUGAUGUAUUUAAUACACAACCUCAGGUUAUCAAGAAAGAUACAAGUGUGGAUAUCAGAGACGGAGUGCGGAUAUUCUUUUAAGAUGGAAAGAUGCCAACAUGCCUAAAACAAGUAUUGAUUAUAAAUGAAGAUCCCUUUGGUGACCAAAUAGUGAAGAGCACUUUCAAAUCCAUUUCGCCCGGUUGCUCAUGUUGUCUUAAUAUUGAGGCCUUGCUUGUAGAAAAUCAGCAGAAGCAAGACAUCUUUUAAUUCCAAAGCCAUAAAUAAACCAGCUCUCCAGCAGCCAAUCAUUCAAAUAUAUGAACCAGAUUACAAGCAUUGAUCUUUGCAGCCUUCUAGUUAGAUUUAUUAAUUUUGAUGAUGAAUUCACCAAUCCACAGAGACAAGACCUUGCUUCACUUAACAAAACCCUUUGCAGGAGUACAUUCUGAAGUUUUAUUAAAAUAUUACGGUUGAAUGUGUUGUAAAAUUCAUAUUUAUGAAGAAUGUAUUUGUUUUGUUCAAAAGCUUUUACUGAAAACAAUGAAAGGAGGCGCAGGGAGUUGUCCAGUUCAGACUGUCAUUAGAUGUAUGUGUAUUAGCUGGAGUAUUAUUCAAAUGUACUUGAACAAAGCUGACUUAUCAGUGUUUUUAGUGUGUGGUCUAAGUAACAGAUGUAUGAUAAUAUGUCAUUGAAAUGUGGACCUGUAAGAACUUCUUCUGGACUGUUUGAUAAUAAAAGUUAAACCACGGGACUGUAAGCCAAGACGUUGCACAUGCAGAGGCAGUGGGACCUUGUUAGAGCACAGCUAAACUGUGUUUAAAGCAUUUUGCUGUGUCAUUGUACUAAGUGCUUUUUCUGUAGGUGUUCUUUAGCUGACAGCUCUGCAGAGAUAUCAAACACCUGCCUCCACAAGUACAGUGGACUUUGAUCGAUUAAUCAGAUUUAAAAAAGGAAAGCCACUCCUUACACACACACACACCAGAUCUAAGACUACACAUUCACACG